AUGGCAUCAAGAAAGAAGGUUCUUUUAAAAGUAAUAAUCCUUGGUGACAGUGGGUAAGUGAUUGAACUUUUUGCAGCUGUCAUACUUUAAGGAGUAUACAAGUAGACUUUGUUCUAGUCUACUUAAGUAAAACUCAAAUUACCAUUCUAUUUCUAGUUGCAAUUCUAAGAUUACAGUCUAAAUAAAUUUGCAUGAAACAAACAUGGUAUAAUAGGCAACACUAUCCAUAGUGCGAAUUACCCAUGGGCUUUAUUGAAUUUCCGUAUUUUUUUAUGUAGAACAAGUCAUUGGCAAAAAAAUAUUUCGUUUUUAAUGUAAACAUUCGGAGAGCAAAAGUGUUUGGGUUUCUUUUGAAACAUUUUGUGUACAUAGGAUAUCUUUAGCUUAGUUUUUUCAUCCUAUUAGGGAUCGUCAACGCCAAAAAGCUUGUGUACCACAGUUGCUUGUGUACAAGCGUUGUUUUAAAAGGGUGAAAUAAGAGUUUAAAGCUGAUAAAAUUGUGCAAAUGAAGUCGAACAAAUGUUGAAAACAUUGACUUGACGGUUCAAACAAGUGAAAUUCUGCAUAACUCAUCUUCCAUGUCAUCCGACAGAAAAUUCAAAGGGAUGCUAUGAUAGGUAUGACCAAGCCAUUCGAACGGCCUGAUGUCUUCAAUGAACAGGUGACCGAGUCAUUUGAACGGCCUGAUGUCUUCAACGAAUGGGUGACCCAAGUCAUUGGAACAGUUUGAUGUUUCUAACGAAUGGGCAACUAAGUUGUUCAAACAGAUUUAUGUUUUCAACAACCAGCCUGAUGUUUCUUUCAAACAGGUGACCAAGCCGUUUGAAUGGUUGACAAACAGCUUGUAAACGGAAAGCUGUUUGAAAACGGAAAGCCAUUAGAGUACGUUUUGCUGUGUAAGGUCACAAAUGUCAACUGAAAAGUAGGUUUUUCUUUAAAAACUUUCAACAAGUACGUCCAAUCUUCGUGGUUGCACCCACCAACCACUCUUUCUGUCAAUUUCUGGUUAGGCUUGUUUUUCUUUAGCGAUGACAAGCUGGUUAUCCAGAGCUCGAAAUUGCGACUGAUACGGUCGCCAAUGCGACUAACAUUUUCUCCUUGGCGACUAAAAAUUCUAAUUUAGUCGCCACUUUUUUAGUCGCCAAAGUGGCGACCAGAUUUCUCUGUGAUUUAGAAUUAAAAAAGUAAAGUUGAAACAAACAUUUCAUCUUAUCCUGCUUUGCUUUCAUCAUAAAAAAUGUGCCAAAUCGCAUAAACAAAGCCAGUUUACCUCCAAAUUUAUACCGAGAUCUAUCCAGGGUAUUUUCAAAUCUGAUGGAUCACACCAUACUAUACACAGGGCUUCUGAUAUUUCGCCCAGUCGCGGACCCGCGAAAUUCAGGUAUUUCCGCAAAAUCCCGCGAAAUUCCCAAAGAAACACGAAAUACCGGGAAAUCCGCCAGAAAUGUUUCCAAAUACAUGUCGGCAAAACAUAUUUAAUACUUAUCUUGGCUAUUAGACCUGUUCUAUUCACCCCAAACAUCCAAAUUUAUCUUGAAACUUCGUCACUGCAACGAGUAAAUAACGUCUCAAAACUACCAGGCGUUCUUAGGUGAACGUUGCGAAAAACUGGGGACUAACCAUAAUGUUAUUCAGUUUUAGCAGUCGCUCAUUUCUCGAGCGAACUCUUGUUGAAAGAGCAAAUGAUUAUCCCUGUUAAAAAAAACGUUAAACAAUGCUGGUCAUAUCGACGCAAAAUUGAUCGAUUUUAGCGAAAUUUGCCAAAAAAAUCCAGCAAAAUCGGCUGUUUUUUACUGAUUGUUUCUUGGCGAAGUUUCCCCCAAGAAUUUCCCGUGAAAUCGGCCGAUUUUUCCAAGAAUUUGCCCCGAAAAUCCUUCGAAAUUUGACUUUUUUCCGCUAAAAUCUCGCGAAAUCGACCGAUUUUUCUGCAAAUUUUGACUUUUCUCCCGCGAAAUCGGCCGAUUUUUGAGCGAUUUUUGACUUUUUUCCCGCGAAAAUCCCGCGAAAUCGGCCGAUUUUUCUGUAUACAGGGCUUCUGAUAUUUCGCGAAAAAAAAAGCAAAAUUUCGCGGGAUUUUCAGGGGCAAAUUCGCGGAAAAAUCGACCGAUUUCACCGAAAUUUUCGAGGCAAACAUAGCCGAAAAUCAAUUGGUCAAAAAAGGCCGAUUUUGUGGUUAUUUUCAGGAGAUCGAUCAGUUUUCCGCUCACUAGACCAGCGUUUUUAAUGUUUUUCCAGCAGAGGCCAUCACUUGCUCUUUCAACAACAGUACGCUCCAGAACUGAACCAAUGGCAAAGCCUUUAACAUCAUGGCUAGUGCCCAGUUUUUCGCAACAUAAUCUACACCUUGUAGUUUCGGAGUUUCGGGACGUUGUUUGCACGUUUCAGUGACGAAGUUUCUAGAUAUUUUUACAAGGUUACGGCAAGUAAAUAGCCCCAUUAGCUGAGAAAAGUUUCAAAUAUGUUGUACAGACAUGUAUUUGAUAAGAUUUCUACCGAAUUUUGCGUGUUUUUGUGAAUUUUGCGGCUCUACGACGGCGCGAAAUAUCAGAAGCCCUGACUAUGAGCUGCGUCAUUUACAUAUACAAACUGGCGACUGAAAAUUUGCAUCUGGCGACUAUAUUUCUCCAGUUGGUUGCCAAAAGGCGACCUGAGGAUUUUUUACAUUUCGAGCCCUGUUAUCCUUUUGUUGUUUGAAACAAUGAUUUCUGAAGCCUGUAAGUAAGUUACAGAAACCUUAAAACAUUUAAGAUUUUGUUGUUUUCCAGCAACUCGGCCACAGUUUCUUGUGUUUGUUUGUGUUCUCACCAAGAAGUGACUCGCAUUAGUCUUGCUUUCAUGCGAAAACAAACACUCACCCCGGGCCACCUGGGAAUGCGAAAAUUGCCUAUUGUAGUAUGGCUAUAUAUUGUGUUGUUAUCUGCAGUUGCUACGGGAUGUGCAAAUCAUUCUUUGCAGAUACUUUUCUUUCAUAAAACUUUUUCACUGAAUACAGACUGUAGGUUGAUCUCUGUGUAAAUGGGGAUUGUUAAAGUACUUCCGUACACUUUAUCUCAGUCAGGGCAUCUGGUAGAGUGUUAAAAAAAGGAAAAUAAUGUGGAAAAUUUUGUCAAAUAGUGUGGGAAGUAGUGCUUAAAAAAGCGAAAUAGUGCAGAAAAAGCUAAUAUACAUGUAGUGUGGGAAUUUAAAGGGAUGUCUUCUCCUCUUUUCCUAGCAUUUCUUUUACAUUACGCAAGUUAGAAUCCAAUGCUUCUUGAAUGCUUCACUUUUACUUUCUUGUUAAAUUUGAUCAGAUACGGAAAACUCUCUCAACAAGAGCCAUGUUAUUUUUCUAAUAAAAAGUAUGGAUCAGGCAAUGCAUUGUACAAUAUGUGACCUUCUUUGGGAAAACAUAUGCUAACUAUAACCUGUUAGCCGUUAGAAAACUAACAGUUAUCCAAUGAAUAGCUAAUGGCUUUUCUAACACUCUAACGGGUUGCCCAAAUGCUCUGAUAAAUGUACUUCUUGAGUCGUGUGCCACCCCCUAAUUAACGUAUCAUUAAACAUUUGUGUUAGCAUGUCAGAUUUUACUGGAAAUUCAAGCGGUUUGCAACAAAGGCGGCUAUUAUCAAAACGUAUUUAUCUACUUGCCAGGCAAGUAAUGAAUUGUAAAGUUGAUACAGUAGUCGUUAGUGAAACCAUCACAGAUUUUAACGACCAAGUUAGCACUGCUGUUAUUGCGAAUCUUGCCUUAUCAUUGCUGUGUGAUACCUUUGUUCAUACCGUCAAGUCAAACAUUAAUAAUUCAUCAAAAGCAGUACUAAGUGGAGCAAUGGAAUUCUGUAUUUUACUGGAAGUGGUCAAACGUAUCGGAAUUUAUUCUGCUGCAAAAAGUCUUUUGUGGUCUUUCAUCAGUUUGCAAAAUUGCGGGUUUAAAAUCGUCAGUAAGUAUUAAUUUUUUACACACUUUCCCUCAGUUGAACUCAAUCAGAAAUCAAGACAACAAUUCUGCCUAGUAUGAGCAAGAAAGCGUCUUAGAAGAAAUUGUAGUGUCCUUACCGUUGACAAAUAACAACUUCUCUUCUCAGCUGUCAAAGUUUUUCUCCGUUAAUUGUCGACUUGAUUCAUUAAAAAAGUAUUGAUUUUUUUUCUUUUAAGACCUAGCUUUAAAACCUAAGCUUGCUGAUAAAAGAAUUCCUGUAUAAUCUUGUGGUCUCUGUCCUGAAUAAAGACACGAAGGUGACAAAACCUGUCUAAUAGCACCAGAGGCCAAUCAGACAAAAGUCCUCAUUCUGGACCAGGGGCAACAGGUGCUGGUAGUUACUGUUGUACAUCGGACAUUGUCCGUCUAAUGUUACAGUAAUGUUCAGACAUAAUGUCCGAGCACUUAAUUGACUUAGCUUUUGUCUUAGAUGCUUUUUUACAUCCCUGAGUUCAUUUCGAAAACAUUAAAAGGUAAAAUGCUGUGGAGGAAAGGUAAACUUUGCAUUGCAGUGAAAGCGGACUGUUGCAGAAACACAAAAAUGGCUAAGUAUUGUACGGUAUUUGUCUUCCUAUCUGGCAAAACAAAGCAGCUCUCUUUGCCAGGGAAUUACUGGGCUCUACUUUCUAUAUAUGGAAAUCUGAUUUAUGCAACUGAAAGCACAUGCUUUGGAACUUAAAUGGCUGCCUGCUUCAAUGAUCCAAAAGACGAAGAAAGCUUUGUAAGAUGAACAAGAAAACUUUCCGCAUGAUUUCUUUGCCAGUUUGAACAACAACCAGAAGGAAAAGCAUAGUUCAAAAGUCAAUGUAACCUUAAAUUGGGAGAGAUGAAAGAAGAUAGCUUCACAAUAGUGCAAAUGAUGACUACCUACCUUUGAAGUUGGCUGUGAACUCGUAGCACACAUAAAAUCGUGUACACCAUUUUUUUUUUUCUGAACUGAAUUUCCAUUUUAAAAACUACUGUUGUCAUGGGCACUCUUUCUUUCUGAGCAUGUACAACAAUGUAAUGAAACAAAUACAAAAUUAAUAAUUGUGUUGUAGUUAGCACGGAAAGCAUUACCCAAAACAUCAACUAAAUUGGAAGAAAUGUUCUAAACCAACAUAUCAUUUUCCUGAGUUACACCAACUGCCAUCUGAAUAAAAAUCACAUUCAAGCAAAAUUUAAUGAACUUGCGAAAGAUUAGCAACAAAAAUUGGCAGAAUUGUUCAAAUUGGUGAUACAAGGGUGAAAUUUUCAGGAUGUGCCCUUUAGCAUGUAGAUUUAUAUGCCAAUGAAAUGCUCAUAAGCAUAUGUUUUAAGACGUUCUCCCCAGGUGGUCAGCAGUUAUGUAUUGUGGGCUCAAGGCCUGCAGUAUUUAUGCACAAAACUCAACGAAAUGUCGCCUGAAAUGCCCAAAUAUAAGUACAAGAAUCAUUUUGUGUGAUAAACCUCUAAUAUAUUUUUUGGUCCAGAUAAAAUGGCCUUUUUAAAAAAAUAUCAGGGUGGUAAGAAGGACAAGGUGGCAAGGAAUGCCUGACUGUUUUUUUAGAGGUGUGAGAUAGGAACUGACUGUUUCCAAUGUACAAACUGUCUGUUUUAGACUGGAAUAACUAAUGUAUUGGUCAAAUCCCGUGAUUAAAUGUAUACUUCAACAUUUCCCACAUAACCUGGGCAUUUACAUGUAACACCCUUGCCUUCCCUCGGGGAAGUGAGGUUAACCAUUAGCUGUAAAACAGCCAAACAUGGAAGUAUUUAACUGGAAGUCAUAAAAAGCCAUACAAAUUUUUUCCUAAGACAACUGUAAAACAAUGUCAUAGGGAACCUCAGUCUGAUGCUACACAUGCCAGACAUGACCUUUAGUAAUGGAGAGCCUCUAUUGUCAGUUUCUCAAAGACUGAUAUAUUCCAUGUUGAUAUCAGAAAUAAAACUCAAUGGAGAUUUGCUGUACAAAUUAGGAUUAUCCAUUAUGUAUGGCAGUGUGAACAACAUUUCAGCAUUUCUAGGAAGACCAAGGAAACAGUGUCUGAAAUUGACGCAUAGUGUGUCCUUCAGAAAUAAAAAGUCACUGUUUACUGUUGGUAGUGUGGACAACAUAUAGGACCUGAACCCAAAAUCCCUUACAGCCAAGGAGUCAACUAAAAUCCAACUCUUAAUUUACAUAAAUCGAGUGUAAAUGAAUAUUGACCAAUGAAAUAGGAAAACUGUUAAUCUACCUACGCCUACUCUGUUAUUCAGCCACAUUAAGGAGCAAGCAUCGAAGAAAGAUAACUCUGUUCCUAACAAACUCACUUAUUAAAUUUUUCAUGCCUCAAAUGCGGUGCUUAUUUUGAGGGUGGCGUUUAUUUACCAAUAAUAAACAGUGACUUUUUAUCUUUGAGGGUACGCUAAUUAAUGACCGACCAAUUUGUGAAUAUGUCCUUUCAAAAUAAAGGUUUGAAAGGACACGUCCUUUUAAGUAAGAAAAAUUAUUUCCAGCACUCGGCAGACUAUGCACAAAGUAAAUGUAUCAAGCAUCCCUUUCCCCUCAUCUCCCAAACAAAAAGGGAAGAAGGACACCUGAUCACAGCUUAGUGUAACAUGGACACCUCAGUAUUACGGACAGUUUAAUUUGCCCCUGGGGAAAGAAAUCCCUUAGAUUUUCUCUAAAUUCAACCCGCUUGAUGUGGACACCACAUUAAUACAGACACUAUCUAUGGCCCCCUCAGUGUUUAUACAAACGGGGGUUCUUUAAUCUUUAAUCUUUAAUCUUUAAUCACAGUUCGUAACCAUACAUAACUGAUACAAAUGAACUAAUACUAACAUAUACAAUCGAACAAAAACACUAAAAUGGUUAACAGGACGGUAGUAGGGGGAAACCAAAGUCCCAUGCUAAGACAUAACCUUCCAAAAAAGAAAAAAGAAAAAAAAAGAAAAAAAAUAAUUAAUUAAUAUAUAAACAUAUAUUAAAAGACUAUAAAUUAGACUAUAAAUUAUAAACCUAGAUGCCUAAUAAUAAUGUAUAAACUUAUAUUAAAGACACUAUGCCUAAUAUUUUAAGGUAAAUUAUGAGCGAAGGUACUUAAUUAGUGAAACUUUAAAAGACUGAAGGCUAGGAGAUGACAUUACUUCAGAAGGCAAAGAGUUCCAAUCAUUAAUAUAUCUAUGAAAAAAUGAAUAUUUAAAAUAAUUUGUACGGGCAACUUUAGGCCUUAUUUUAUACUCAUGCUUACUUCUAGUUCGAGUUAUUCCAAUAAUAUCAAAGUAAUGAUGGCAAUUGAUAUCACAGUAACCAAAUAUAAUCUUAUACGUUUGAACUAGGCUAAGAUAUUUCCGUCUCAGUUCUAAAGAGUCCCAUUUUAACUCUAAAAGUCUUUCAGGAUAUUCUUUGUCAGGGCCACAUAUUAGUCGGGACGCUCUUCUCUGAAUUGCUUUGAUUGCCUUGGUGUGUUUCACCAGAUAAGGAUUCCAGACUGGGCAGGUGUACUCGAGGAUAGGUAUCACUAGCACCUUGAAAGCUGUCUUGAUACCAGUCUUGUUUGAAUAACCAAAUGUCCUUUUAAUCAAGCCCAACACCUUGUUAGCUUUAGCACAAAUUGAGUUAAUGUGAUAAUCGCAUGAUAAGGACGACUCCAACCAAAGUCCCAGGUGUUUGUGGUGGUCCACUUCCGGUAGUAAGAUGUUAUUCAACGAAUAUUGACAUCUUAUUGGAUCAUUCUUCCGUGUAAUGUGUAGGACUUCUCACUUCUCGGUCUUAAGAGUAACAAGCCAACUCUUGCACCAUUCAGAGGCAGAUGUCAAAUCCUCUUGAAGUAGAUCGCAAUCCGAUCUAUUUUCUAUGUGUCGAUGAAGGACAGUAUCGCCAGCAAACAAAUCUGAGUUGCAGGUUACUGAGUAAGGAAGAUCGUUGAUAGGCUUUUAAGCUUUAGAAGCUGGCUUUCCACAAAUUUUGAUUUUUUUAAUGGUAAAUUUUGAAUGUUAAAAAAGUUUGACCAGGGGUAAACUACAAAAUGAAGAUCCUAUAAUCCUUUUCUUGUCUGUUGGCAUCUGAAAAAGUGAAUAAAACUGCCUUCUUGGUGUUCGUGGACUUCAAAUUAAUUAAAUGCAGUAAAACCUUUAUCACGUGGUCACCUUUGGGACCUUCCCAAGUGUCUGUUUAAUAGAGGUUUGUAAAAAUUGUGCAAUGUUUGUUAACAAUUAACAUUCAACGGUUACUCUGUACUGUGAUAAAGUUCCAUGUUGGUAAGGAAGCUAAGGAGGCUGUGCUGUACUUUGUGCAAGACUUUUAGGUGAACUUUGAUUGUAGAUGACAGUUGUAUGGCCUGAUAUCAGUCUAACGUACAGAUUGUUGAUGGUGAAAUGUAUUAUCUUUAUUAAUUGACUACAGUACGUAUUUCAAAGGCAUAAUCAAAUACUACUAUUGACCACUCCAAAAAAUACCAUAACAUACCAUAAUGCUCUUUGUUUGUCACCCCAAAAUUUUGCAUAAGCAUUGUCUUCAAUUUCUCUUGGGAGUUAAAAUGGCCCCAAGAGAAACUGAAAACAAUGCUUAUGCAAAAUUUUGGGGUGACAAACAAAGAGCAUUAUGGUAUGUUAUGGUAUUUUCUGGAGUGGUCAAUUGUCAAUUCAGUUCAGUGUCUGCUUAAUAGAGGUUUUUAACAAUAGAAAUUAGCCAAAUGCAAUUUAUCCAAGUGUCUGCUUCCACUUAAUAGAAGUGUCUGCUGAAUAGGGAUUCGUUAUGAAGGGAAAUAUAAGACAUUAAUUUCGGGACCUGGGUUAGUGUCCGCUUAUAGGAGGGUGUCUGCUUCAUUGGGGGUCUGCUUAAUAGAGGUUUUACUGUAUUGGGUCUUCGAUUUUGGGUCUUUGGUCUUCAUUUUGUAGACACCCAUAAUGCAGCUGGAGAAUUUUACAUGUGAACUCCAAAGUUUUGCACGCACUGCCUUCUGCUUCUUCAAGGUUUGUUUAAAAAAGCAAUCAGAAUCUUUAAGCAGGUAUCUUGAUAUUGUGAAGACAGAAGCGCAGCCUGAUACAGGAAUAAGGAAUGCUAAUACUUUUCUAACAUAAAUCUUUCGUUGUUUGAGCUGAUGUUAGUGAUAGCUGUUUAAAUGGUUUGUGACUUUUUUGCCGUCUUAAUGCUUUCUGACAUCAACUGAACAAAUACUGUUUGCUGUUUAAACAGCUUGUUAUAUAUUGCUAACAGAUGGCGAUUACCAUUUUAAUGGAAUGGGGAAAAACGAAAACGGUUUGUCUAAUGGAUUAAUGCUUUGAUAAAGCGUUUUAACAUGUGAGGUCACAUAUUAUCCUGCCAUUGUCUUUGCUGGUACUCAAAUUGAGCCAUUUACAUGUAGGAGAAGAACCCAAAUACCUUACUUUUUUGUCUUAGUGGCAAAAGUACUGUAAGAAAAGUCAAGUGCUUACUGUGAAAAUGGAAGUAAUAUGUUUUUAUGUGGGAUAAAGGUCAGAAGUAUUUGUGGUUUUUAUAAGAGAAUUCAACAAGGAAGGCUUUGUAUCUUACUUGGCCACUGGAGUGUGAAUUUUCAUUCUCAUGUUUAAUCAUUCUUCAUGUGGAAAAGUGUUUUGCCAGUGGACCUUUCUUUCAUGGUUCACCUGUUUUGAAGUUGGUGACCUAAAGCUCGAGUGUCAUACUACAACAGAGCCAACAGAAUGUUGCGUUUUGUAGUGCAGUUGCCCAGGAACAUUAAAAUCUGGAUGUCAUGCUUUUUCAAAGGUCACUGGACUAUACUUUUUGGCUGAUUUCCAUGUCUUUCCAACUUUUUGCAGCAUAUUCUUUAUCUCUGUUGAGAACUGAAGUUGACUUACACACCUCUAACCUGCAAAUGCUUUUGAAUAGAGCUUUUCAUGAUGAAUUUGCAGUUCCUUUACUUUAAUUUCCUUUCUUUUGUUUUUUUUUUAUCAAGGGAUUGUUUCAAUCACAUUUUCGAAAAUGUUCUACACAAUUAAAGGAAAAAUACUGAAAGUGCUGGCAAAAAACGUGAAUAUUGAAGGUCUCUGAUACAGUUGAACCUUCAUCAAGUGGCCACCCUUGUGGUACCGGCAAGUGGCUGCUUAACAGAGGAUUGUCACUCAUUUUAGCGUAAUCUCUAGCAGAAAACCAAACAAACAUGUGACGGAGAAACAUUACUGGUGCACAGUUGGUCAUCAACUUCUAUCUCAGACUGUAUUUUCUCUUCUUUUCUACAAUUCUUGUGGGUUUCUGAUCACUGACGGAUUAAUAAAGGGCGGUUGCUUGGAUGUUCAACUGUAGACAUUUUUCUGUGAAAGAUGUGUGGCACCAGAUAAUUCUGACAGUAUCAUAUUCUUCAACCUUUUUGGCAACCAUUAAGUCAUUAUCUCUAUUAAAAAUUAAUUGAAGUUAAGACAAUCAUAUAGUUUCUGUAUUGUGUUGCAUCUUUUAUUACAGUGUACUAGUGUUUAGAGAAGGGGAAGAUGGUUAGAUUGCAUAUUCAUUGUAGGCAUUCUCAAGAAGCAGGGUGAAACAAUUGACCCUGUUGUUGGUUUUUGUGUAAAUGUGUCCUUAAAAAAAUAAUUUAAAUUGCCCUCUGUUGUUUGUUUGUUUUGUUGAAAAGGGUUGGUAAAACAUCACUCAUGAACCAAUAUGUGAACAAGAAAUUUAGCAAUCAAUACAAGGCAACAAUUGGAGCAGACUUCCUCACAAAAGAAGUUAUGGUUGAUGACAGACUAGUCACCAUGCAGGUUAGGACUUAUUCCACUUCAUUAUUCUUGCAUUCCUUUGUUGUUGUUGAUAGGUUACCUCUUGCGAAACACAAACGUCUUAGCUUUGUUAACUGAGUGGAUGAAGUCAGUUGGCCAACUUAAGGGAUUCAAAAGCUGACAUCUUGAGCACAGAUUUUGACAGCUUUUGAAUCCCUUCAUUUUGUCAAAGAAGUGUUUUACUUUCCCCCCAAGCCCCAACACAGCUUUACACUGUUACACCUUUAGAAAGUACCAGAAAAAACUAACAAAUAAGCUGCCAUGGCAGAUAAACCAAAACCUGAGUCUGGAAGCUUGAAAUUGAGCAGACACUUGUUGUCAAAAUGUGUAGUGUAGCCAGGAAAAAAAAACUUGUAUUUUUUGAAUGUAGACUUUGUAAUGAUAAAACAGUUUUUAUUAGAAUACACAGAUUUACAAUUUACUAUUCAUGAAGUGCUAGUAUUGAAAACGCUGUGUAUUUAAGAUGCAAAAGCAUGCAUGAAAAUUAUGUGAAAUUAUAUGGCUCUAAAAUUCUAUGAACACAGCUUGUGUACUUUAUGUUACCUGGAAACAAGCUUGUUUUCAACUAUGGCUGAACAUCAGUGACGCAGCAUACUAUUCUUGAGCAGUCAUGGGCAUACCUGCCAACUCUUCCAGUUUUCCCAGGAGUCUCAAAUCUCCCAGGAAAUACCUACCGUGGGCUUUUUCAUUUUUUUUUUCAUUAAUUUCGUUAUUUUGGAGAUAUCAAAAAAGGAAAAUAAAACAAGAGGUGGAUUUAGCGCUCUUAUUUGAGCUGUUCUCGAUUGGAAAAUGUAUAACAGAGCAUCGUCAUUGGUUAGAAAUCAACCAAUCAAAUUGAACAAUACGUGGUAGAAAGUUGGAGCGGUUUUCAAAUGCUGUUAUCGACAUUGGGAACAUUCAGAAGGCCUUUGGGUGAUUUUCAGAGAAUAGUUAGACAUUGUUGAAAAUGACAUUCAUUUGUAGAUGUCUCCAGAUUUUUGUACUGCGGGGGCUGGCAGACGUGCCUGGGUGUGAGCUGUUGCUUGAGUAAAUAGAUGUAAUGGUAUGUAAUGGUGGAAGAAAAGAAAUACUCUGUAGGAGAUUUCCUACAGCCCUCUCCCAGAAGAAUAAAAAGGCUUAAUGGCUAAAAAAUAUUUUUAGUGCUACAUUUCUGAUUUGUUGAUAUAAUUGUUGUCUCACAUUUACGUGUAGCUCAAUCCCUUAGCUGAGGUUUAAGUUAUGUCUACCUUUCUGUUAAAUGUUUGUUUGUUUUGAAAUAUCAGAUAUGGGAUACUGCAGGUCAAGAAAGGUUUCAAAGUUUGGGUGUGGCAUUUUAUCGUGGUGCUGAUUGCUGUGUUCUUGUUUUUGAUGUAACACAACCCAGUACCUUCAAAACCCUUGACAGCUGGAGAGAUGAGUUUCUUAUCCAAGCAAGUCCAAGAGACCCAGAGAAUUUCCCCUUUGUUCUCCUUGGAAACAAAGUUGAUUUGGAAAACAGAGCAGUAAGUUGGUUAUUUUAUGCAUGCUACUAAGCUGUUGUUUCCCUCUUUUCUUUUUGUUUUCUGUUUUUUGUUUUUGUUUUUAGGACAUUGCAAAAGUUACAAGAGCUUGCGCUGCUUCUACCCUUAGGGUUGCAGGGUACACCUUGGGCUCAUUGUGAUGCAUUUUAUUAAAGCGUAUGCAUGAAAUACAAUGACUGAUGUGAUGUGAACAGGUUUAUGAGAUAUUCAUAACCGGAUAAGAGAUGAGUGCAUAAUUUAAAGAGGUCACAUGCACAGGAGUCUCAAAAUUUCGGUGACCUAUGACAAUUUGUGUCCAAGAAUUCAGUGCAGAUACAAAACUUUAUGAACUGGCAUGGAGAGGGUUGAACUUGGUAAAUUUAGCUGUGUCAUGUGAGGAGCGGAAUUCUAAAAGGACACAACAUAUAAGGUGUUAAUUCUAGGGAAGAGAGAUUUUGCUUAUUUAAACAAUCAUCUUGCUUGCAAUCUUUAACUUGUAAAAUCUGCUCUAUAUAUGACACACUAAAGGUCUUGACUGUUCUUUUUAAAUAAAAUCACAGAGUUCUGUCUUCUAUUCUCUCUGCAACUUGGACACAAAAUAACUAUUUCUCAAUUUGGUGCAACUGUGGGUUAAUGCAUUGCUGUAAAACGCGCUCUACGUAAUAAAAAAACAACCCUGCUAAACUUCCAUCAUUCCACAAUGUCGCUGGAGCAAAAUCUUAAGCCAAAACAAAUUAAGCUAAGUACUGUAAGUCAGCAUUGCGUUGUUUAUAUACUCGCCUGUGAUAUGUGUGAUGCAGAUUAUGUCAGUUACACAGCCCGAAACCUUCAUCACUGGUAUUCGCUAUGCGUAACCAUUUUUUAGAAGCGCACAGGCUGUCGUGCCAUGAAGAAUAUAAAUGCAAACCAUUCAGUACAAGAAUCAGGUCUGUGCAAUAUUUCAUAUGUGAGAUAUUUGGCAAAAUGUGUUACGCAAAAUUAAGGUUUUGUACGGAGACGCCAUUUGAGGGGCACAAAUAUAGCUACCGGAAACAGACAGAAACACCUGUCUUUGACUUUUACGUACAUAUUACAUGCAUAUUUUAUUGGCUCCUCCCCACAGGGCUUUCUCGAGUCAAUGUUUCGAUAAUAAUAAUAAUAAUAAUAAUAAUAAUAAUAAUAAUAAUAAAACAUAGUUAAACACAGAGGGCUAAAAACGUGAAAGAUAACUAACUAAAGAAGAUGUCCAGAAGUUGUUGCCUAAUUCGAUCCUUAAAACUAGUCACUGAUUCAUCUUGUUUUCCACAAGUCUACAGGCGAAAUUCUGAACUGCUUGGAGAUUGUCCAUAUGGAUUGAAUAAAGGCGUUUAGCUGCUGUAACACCCCAUGAACGUAGAAACUGAGAAGAAUUAUAAUAAUAACGAUGAUGAUAAUAAUAAAAUAUUUAUAUAGUGCUUAUACUUUUCAGUGCUUUUAAAUUCCAUAUAAAAAGUAAAAAUCGUAGAAUAAUUUACAUAUAAUUUUUACAAUGUAGCAGAAAUUUAAAAAAAACAAUGAUAUAAAAGAUAGGUCUUCAACUUAGAUUUAAAUCUAUUUUCAUCAUCGAUCGGUCUAAUAUCAAUAGGCAGAUUGUUCCAGAGUAUAGGGACAAUGACUGAAAAAGCCCUGGGAUCGUAGGUCUUUAAGUUAUAGGGUUCAAUAACAAAUCAUUACUUGUCAGAAGGUGAGCAAAGGCACGUUGCAGGUUCAUAAACAUGCAAUACUUGUACCAGAUAAUCCCGAGGAGGCACUCUAGUAACUCGUACGUACAGUUGAAAUAUACAGUCAUACAGUCAAUAUAGAAAAAAUCUCGACUUGCUUGAACAGGGGCCGCGAGGAAUCGGUAGGUAAUGAUGACGUUUCUAUUGUUUGCGCCCGCAAGUACGAAAUGGUUAGGAUGACGUAAAACACAAAAAAUCCCGAAGGGACCGCUUACAGUAAAACGUGCCCCGGAAAAUUGUAAAUUGCUUUUCAGGGGCACCCAACGGCAAUUUUCGGGAAAAUAUCUGUUCGGAAGACGAUUUGAGAUCUAGAAUUUUCGGAACAUUUGUUGUAAAAUUUCUUGCUUGCCUGCCUCUCCUAUGAUUUUCGAACAUAUACAAAAUGGUAUAAUUACCCAUUUUUAACGGAUUUUGACGAUAAAAAAGGCCACCUAGAAUUUUCGGAAGCCUUUUCCUGGCUGAAAUUUUCGAGAAGGUAAGUUUUUAUCCCUAUAAUUUUCGGAUCACUAGACUUUCAGCUAGGAAAUCCGAACAGAUGAAAAGUUUUUAGGGGAUAAAAAUAUGCCUAUAUGUACCGUUUGAAUACUAAAAUACGUUCAACAAUGCUAUGUUAGUUGGUUUUGAACUAUAUCCUCGUUGGGUGCCCCUGGCUUUUGUUUACAGAGUUACAUCAGGCGCUUGUCUGGCAGCUAAAAAGCUGAUGUUAUCCGUCGUAUCCUCGGGUGGUUGAAAGGAGCUGCAAGAAUAAAUAGCAAUGUGCGAUGGUGAAACACCUAUGCCUAGAAAUUAUCAAGCAGCAGCAAAUUCCACCACUUCCCAGAGAGCCCGUGAAAGCUGUUACAAGUUAAAAAAAGUGAGAGCCUUAGCAAAGGUCAAUCCCGUUGGCGAAAUAUGAUGGCGCCCGCUUGAGCUUAAGACAUUUCAAAAGUGAGAAAAUUUUGGAAGAGGAAGCGAACGAAUUCCAAUCACGUACGCUAUCGUAACCGCCACAAGCAAAGUCAAGCUUUUUAAAAGCAAUGGUGCUGUCGGCUAUCUCAAUACAUGGCUAGCUCGCUGUAUUUCCAUUUACAGUAACAAUACCCUUUUAACGGCAGGGUGUUGUAAAUCAGGACUUAGAUAUCUGAAACACUGAUUCGUCGUCUUUGUCCCGGUCUUGUGAAACCAAUACUCGGAGACAGUUUCGGCAUAAGCUGGUAUAUGAGGCUUUCCCAUACUCCGAGUACAUCUUUCCUUUAAACUACGAGGCCUUGAAAACACAAUUCUUGCUCGGGUUUUAUUUUUAUUCCAGGAAAGAACUUGAGAGCGCCCUCCAGAGCCUUUUGAAUUCCUCUCUGCGUCUGUGUCCAUAAAAGUAUCACAUACCGGUAACAUGAAAUCAAAGCAUCUAUGAAAAAUGUCAAUGGCUUCUUGCCGAUCGUUCUUGCGGUCGGUGACGUCAGUGGGUAUUGUGUGUUAUCCAAUCACUGCCACAUCCAGAUUUUGGUUGUGUCACACGAUUUGCUGAAUGGUUUUGUGUCAGGCCUUCCUUUCUCUUCUGCCCCUCCCCCCUCCCCCAUCUCAAAUCUCCUCUCCCCUAGCCUCUUAGGAAGGCCUGAUACUCAGGCUAUGUAAAACUUAUUGUACAAUGUAAUUUCUAGAUGUUUCUCACUCUGUUACUGUAUGUGAUAUUAGUUAUAUUGUUGUAUGAAGAUAAACUUUAUGCUUGGGUCGCUACAUAGGCUUCCAACUUUACUCUGAGAAUAUGGCUGAACCGAAUAUGGUCAAAUUAGGACUGUUCCAUAUAAUUUACUGUAACUUUUGCCAGGACACACAUUGUUAAUAAAUCGGGAUUACUUGGGUUCUACCUAUUGUAAAUCCCAAGUUCAGAUUAAAGAAAGACAACAUUCCCAUUGCAGCCAAAGUUUUAUUAGUUCCCGCUAGAUUUAAAUGCCCUCGGGGCAACAUUUUGUGAUGGUAGAAAGUUAUUUUUCAUGGUACACAACAAGCUUCACUGGAUGACACUUGAUAGAAAAGAAGCAAGUGUAGGCUAGCAGACAUAUUGCAUGAAUAAACCCGGAAUUUUUGCUGUUUUUCAUUUCACCUAUAGAUAGAACAAUUAUAACCCCCCUUCCCUGAAAUCACUGUCAAUAGCGUCCCAGAAGCAUAAUGGUUAAAUGUCAUGCAUGUUUCUGUCUCUUUGUCUUCCAAGUCUGUCUUGGACUAUCUUUGGUCUCAAACAUUCUUGCAAUGUUAAAUGAUGCAAAUUUUUGUUGACGUACCCUUCUAGGUUUCUGCCAGACGUGCACAGGGGUGGUGUCACUCAAAGAAUGACAUGCCAUACUUUGAAACAAGUGCCAAAGAAGCCAUCAAUGUUGAACAAGCGUUUCAGACUAUAGCGAAAAAUGCCCUCGCUCAGGAAACAGAGGUUGAGUUAUACAACGACUUCCCAGACCAAAUAAAACUCUCUGGAGACAACAAACCAAGAUCAAAUGACUGUGGUUGCUGAAUAGACUGAAUCAUAGUUUUACAUGUACUGUAGUUCUUGAAGAUCUUGUCCUAACUUGCAGAUGAAAUUUCUCCCUUAUGAAAGAGACAUAUUUUCUUUCUGUAACAAAAUGGUGUUUGCACUGACUGGUUAUUAAAAAAGGCACCACAGACUCUAGAAAAAUCAAGUCUGACUGCCUUGCAUCUUGACAGUGCAGGGUAUUCAGUUCAAGCCCUUUUACUCUGAUUAGUGUUGAAAGUAAAAUUUAAGUUUAUUUUCGUUGCUGAAAUUAAUAAUAUCCACAGAUGAGUGAGACUGCAUGGAAGUGUUGCUCUGUUCCCAGCUGGUCAAGUGUUGGUUGUGUUUGGUUAAUGGUAUCCUUUGGAUACCAUGGACCCAUCACAAGUAUCUCUUGUCCACCCAAACGAUCCCAGCAAUCGUUGUACCAAUUCUCCCUAUAGUUUAUAACAUAUAGAGUGGGUAGUGCCUUCAAUAAUGGUUGCACGGUAGGAUUUAUCUACAGAAUUAAAAGCUGGUAUUUAUUUUCUCAUGGAGUGAAAGGGUUUCACCAAAUGCUUUUUGUUUAUCUAAAAUUUUCCAUGUGAAAAAGUGUAGCAUUUUGACAUAAAUGGGAGGGAGAUUGACAUUUUUUCACACAAUUAGAUUGGCUUAAUUAUCAUUUACUUGAAAUGUAUUAUUCCAUGAUCGCAAAUUCAACCAACAAAUUACUACUGUUUACUGUAUUGGUAGAUGCUAGGAUGAAACGUACAAUAUAAUAAUUCAAUAAAAACUAAAAGUUUGGUAUACAUUGCCAGCAUCUUACUUUUUUGUGUGAGAAGAUAAAGUCUACUAUCAUGGUGGUUGAAGAAGAGGAAAUGCUGUGUUUCUAUGAGAGGUUCUAUCUAGAAAAGGGUAGUAAAACAAAGACUGUACACUGGUGACAAACUUUGUAAUAGUCCUCCUGUAUAUAAUUUUUGUCUGACUCCUUAUCUUCGCGUUUCUCGUAGCCUGCGAACGGCAGACGUUUCUCCUUCCUCAUCGCCGCUGAGAGACGUUUGCUACCUUUCCCGUUCUUCUCUCACGUUUAUUUUUCAUUUAUUUCAUUUUAUUAACUUUACCAAAGACAAUGCGUACAAACUCUCAAUAGACCAGUUCUGAGUUAUUAAAAUUCAAACUUAGCCCCAAGGGUGAUGGGUACAAAAUAUUUAAGAAAUCAUAUUGAUAUUCU